AUGAUUGCAAUCAAUUGUGAUGUUUAUGAUUACCUAAACAUCAAGCUUCGACUCGAAACGAUUGCUGGAGGAGCUGUUCUCUUGUGGUGUGUUCGUAUCAUUUUCGACGUCGUCAUCUCAUUUCUUUCGGAAAUUCGACUUCUUCCAUGGAUCCGACUGGAUAAUCUUCAAGCUCUAGAUAGCAACAGGAUUGUGUCUGUUCGUCAUGGAUUAGGUUGGCAGAAAGGAUGUGUCAACUGUCCUGUUUUCAACAUUGAAAAUCGUCUUCAUGCUUUAGAUUUCAAGAACUAA